AACGUGAGCUCGAGCGCGUGACUCUGUCUCACUCACAUGACGUCAUGCUAGAUCAAGCAAAACAGUGUUGAGGUAAACAAUAGAAUCUAGCAUAUGUGCAGGCAAUAGACAUUUUAUUUUUGGUUGAAGCGACGCAAAAUGCUGAUUAUUGAGCGACAUAUCUCGGGGACACGGCCAAUAAUGGAUCUAUUUCUUUAAUAUAAAGUUGGUGAAGAGUGAACUUCUGUCCGUCAAAGAUGAACGCGCUGGUAGCUCUUUGUCAUUUCUGUGAGCUCCAUGGGCCGAGGACUCUGUUCUGCACCGAGGCUUUGCACCCUCCGUCCCCGUCCUCCCAGCCUGGCGUCGCAGUGCCCGGCGGGGACAGAGAUGUUGACCGGGACAGCGAGGGGCUCACCAUGAGGGCCAACAACUCCGCUACGCAGGGGGGAGAAAUGUGUGAGGGGUGUCGCUCCCUCCCUGCAUCCCACCCAGGCUUCAUGAGCAUCGACGACGAGACGGGCAUUCGUUUUGUGAGCCACCAGCAUCCCAGAGAGCCGCAACUCUUUAGCGUCGUGCGCCAGGCUUGCGUACGCAGCCUCAGCUGUGAGGUAACUGGUGACGUGUGCCCAGGGCGCGAAGGACCAAUUUUCUUUGGGGACGAGCAACAUGGUUUUGUGUUCUCGCAUACCUUCUUCAUCAAGGAUAGUCUCGCAAGAGGCUUCCAGCGCUGGUACAGCAUUGUCAUGGUGGCCAUGGACCGGAUCUACCUCAUUAACUCCUGGCCUUUCCUGUUACGCCAUCUCCGACUGACCAUACAGAGUCUGCAAAGCACCGCUCUGAAGGUGUUUGACAACGAGCAAGGUGUUUGCCCUCAGCGAGCAGUGAGGAUGAACAGUGUGUUCUCACCUGCAGUGUUCCCGCACCAGAGGAGCGGCAACGCAGCCCGCUCCCUAACGUCUCUCACGCGCCAUCCCAAUCUCUGGUCCACCCUGCACUCCUCCUUCAGCUGGCUGCUGAAGGCCUGCGGCAGUCGUCUGACUGAGAAGCUGCUGGAAGGAGCCCCCACCGAGGACACGCUGGUGCUCAUUGAGAGGCAGACAGAACAAGAGGAGGAAAUGAGCUGCUGGGAAGGAGCCGAAGGGGGUAUUUCCAAGCCACAGGGGCAUCAGUCGGACAGCGAACUAGGUCACGAAGAAGAGUCGCCCGGUCCCAGGUUUAGGUCACUGAGACAUUUGAGACAGGUGCUCGGGACAGCUGAGUUCCGAGAGGUGGCGUGGCAUGUGCUCAUGGGAAAUCAGGUCAUAUGGCGAGGCGCCGACCCCAAGCUCAUCCAGUCUGCUUUUGCAGUUCUCAAGUCGUUGCUCCCGGUCGGCUGUGUGCGUUCAGUUCCCUACAGCGCUCACUAUGAAGAAGCCUACAAGUGCAACUUCUUGGGUCUGAGCCCAGAUGUGAUCAUUCCAGCCCAUGUCAUCUCUUCAGAGUUUUCAGUGCUGGUGGACGUCACCUCGGAGCCGAGCUGUCAAAGUUUGUCGACAGAAGAUAAUAUCUCUUCGCUCUAUCAGUUCAACAUGAGCAGCGCAAACACACAGCCCACAGACAGAGGGCCGACAUUACUGAACAAACUGGAGGUGGCGCUGUCCAACGAGAACCUGUCUGUGGACGUGGUGUCUCACUGUCUGCUGUGUUUGAAGGAGGAGUGGAUGAACAAGGUCAAAGUGCUCUUUAAAUUCUCCAAAGUGGACGGGAGAGGCAGGGAGGACACCCACAAGGUUCUGGCCCUGCUCGGCACCACGGGGCCCGGCGAGGAGGACAACGUGAGGCUGCUCAAGUUCUGGAUGACGGGCCUCAGCAAAACCUACAAGAGCCAUCUGAUGAGCGCCGUCCGAGGAGGGGAGAGGAGCCCCAGCCAGUGACAAAAACUGAAAGACCCCAAGUGCUCAAAGUGCUAUUGUUCUGGAGAAAGGAAAGUGAAAGCAAGAAUCCUUUCAUGGCCUGCCUGGUGUGUUAACUGUCUGCCUCUUUUACUGGAAUUGAAUGAAGGGCCGUCCUGGGAUUUUUCCCCCUGAAUAAUGAGACUUCUCUUUCAUCAUUGUCCUACUGAGCUUAUACUUCUGUAUUUUUGUAUUGGAAUUGUACUGAUACGUCCACUUUAAUUUAUUACGAAAUGCUUGUUUACUGCUUUGGUAAUAAAAAGAUUGAACAGACUUUAAGCCAUGAAUUUUCUAUGGUGCCUGUCCUCAGGAUCGUGGGUGAGUUACGGGCAACACCCUGAACUGGUUGCUCGCCAAUCGCAGGGCACAUAUAGACAAACAAGCACUCACCCUGUCGACAAUUUAUACUCUUCAAUAAGCCUAAUGUGAAGGCUUUUGGAAUGUGGGUUUGCCUGCAAUGUGAAAUGGCCCUUCACACGAUAGUCAGGCUUCGUGCACAGCUGAUAUGGCAUCUGUAAAGCUGACGUUUGAAGCGAGUGUGCUGAUUAAAGCUGCAAAAACAAUCCAAAAAUAAAAAGUCAGUGAUAUCCGCAGACAAUUUUUUUAUAGAUUGCCGCAACAAAUUAUUAUUUUAAUCAAUUUAUCUGACAAUUAUAUUUUUCA